AUGCCUCGGCUCCCAUAUUGGCAACUUCCAGAGUUCUCGCGGAAUCGGAGAGUGGAGGAGCCGCCAACAUGGAGGGUGGUAUUUCUGCUUCCGUUGGAAGAUAUAGAACUGGAUCUUUUUAUGAGGAGGCUUGUCGUUAUUGACAACUUGGAGAACUGGCCUGAUCGACCUGACGCGGAGCCUCGCCGUCUUCUAGAUGUGCCCUGGCCGAUUGAUUUCACACCCGAUUCGUCUAUUAUCAGCGCGAUGUUUAAGCGAGGCGGGGAGGAGCCGCUGAUUUUUAUUGAUGAACAAUCGAGGAUAGACGACACAGCAAUCCUUUUGUACCGGACCGAGGGUCAAGACGAUCAUCGCAUUUUGCGCGCACCCAUCAAUAGAGCAAACCUGCUGCUCAGUGCUGCGGCCGAAGGGACGGCUAAUUUGGAGGGUGAAGAUUUUCAGCCAUUAGGCUACGAUAUCCCAGCUAUCAUGCAAGAUACGGCGGAACAAUACCCUGUGUUUGUCAUAGAAGCCAUGACUGCCGAAGAAUUCGAAAGACUCAGGAGUUAUGCCGAGGAGAGACUGGUUGACGACUAUCAAGACACCGAGUGGUUCUAUGUGGCCGAAAAACUCGAGUCCCCGGAUAUAAAAGGCCUUCUAGCAUGGUUUGAGACCCCGGAUUGUGAUCUUGUCCAUCCUCCCUCAUAUUUCAUCGCCGUGGAUCGUUGGAGCUUGGAAGUCGCGGAUGACGAGGAGGAGGUCACUGAUCUCUGGGCUGAGUGCAUUGUUGCCUCUGAACAGAGCGGGGAAUAUCGGUUGAUUGAUGAUAGGCGGACUCAUUACGCAUAUUGGUGUGCUGGAUAUGGAUCUGAUCGUCGGGCGUUUGAGGAUGCUAUUCAGAUUUGCAUGCAUUUGAGCCAGGCAAAUAUGUACUUCAAUGAAUCGGUUCACGCUGAAGAAUAUUACAGCUGGAAAGCAUUCGAGUCAUGGGCGGAUAGAACCCCUCGAUUUGAAGGGUUUGAAAGCCGAGAAGGAAGGGCAUAUUGGCCGAGUGAGCAAUGGAAUAGCUAA